UGAAAGUUGAAUUUGUUGCUGAAAAUAUCACUGAGUUGAAUUGUUUACUGAUUAUCAUCACUGAACCUUGAAUAUGAUGCUGUCUUGUUGAAAAAAUCACCCAGCUAAAUUUUUUGUUGAUGUAAACCUUGAUUUUUUUGCUGAAAGUUUAAUUUGUGGCUGAAAAUAUCACGGAGCUAAUUUUUUUGUUCCUUGAAUCUGUUGCUGUCUUGUUGAAAAAAUUACCUAGCUAAAUUUUUUAUUGAUGUAAUUCAUCACUGCACCUUGAUUUUGUUGCUAAAAGUUGAAUUUGUUGCUGAAAAUAUCACUGAACUAAUUUUUUUGUAGCUUAAAAUCAUCGCUGAGUUGAAUUUGUUACUGAUUAUCAUCACUGAAGCUUGAAUCUGUUGUUGUCUUGCUGAAGUAAUCACUUAGCUAAAUUUUUUGUUGCUGUAAAUCUGUAAAUCAUCUUUUGAGCUAAAUCUUUUGUUGCUGAAAUUAUCAUAGUUGAAUUUGUUGUGAAAACUGAGGUUCAUGCUCUCUGCAACUCAGAAUAAAAUUGUUGUUCCCAUGCUCUUUUUUUUAUGCUAGAAUUUUAAAAAUGUCUUCAUCACAACUCAGUUGCUAUGAUGAAUUAUUCUUGGUAUUGAUUUGUGAAAAAUACACAAAUGUAGAUAUAGAUGCAAAUCAAAAUGAAAGAAAUGUUGGUCAAGCUUCAAAUUUGUCCUAUGAAAAUAUAGAUGCCAACUUUGAGAUCACCUUUUGAGUUUGAUUUACUGAUUGUGUUAUUUGUUGCUCUCUCCCUUGUUCAUUUAAAUUAAGAAAGUAUUUUGUACUAGUGACUAGUUUAUUAUCUCUUUUUGUAUCAUUAGUUAUGUCAAAAAAUUGAUACUUGAUGGUUAUUAAUAUGUUUGUGAAGAUAUGUAUUUAAGUUUUAACUUUUGAUUUUGAUUUUAUUUUAUAAUUUUACAUUUUUAUUUAAUUAUGACUGGGUCAACUGGGUGAAUUAGUGAUCCACUGGUUGAAACCGGGUCAAUUAGUAGUUCGGUUCUAAUAACUAUGGCUGCAAUCCUUCAUCGGUUCUUCUUCUUUCUGGGCUCUCAUCUCUCAGAUUCUCGCCUUGCUCACCUCCUUGCUAGAGAUACACCAUGGAAGCACUUCAGAGAUACACCACCAUCUUCCCUUCUCACGCUCAAUUUGAACCCGACAAGGAAGCCAUCAAGCGCACCCUCAUCCGAAAGGGUGUCGACCCCACACCCAAAAUUGUCCACAACCUCCGCAAGAAACAGAUUCAGAAACACAACCGGAAGCUCAACCGCCAGGCCCAGAAAUCCAACGAGCCCCCUCCACUCACUGAGUCACAGAAGCAAGCCAUGUUGGAGGAACAGCAAUUCCAAGUUCUUAAGCAUGAGUACAAGGAGUUCAACAAAGUGGUUGAAGCUCUAAAACCCAAGGAAAGUGAAAAUGAUCACAGGUUCUUGAUGGUGGGGAAGCCUUGGGAGGGGACUCAAAAGGUUGAGUUUUGGGAGCGAGUGAGGGCAAACGAGGAAUGUGAAGGAGGGAAGCUGAAGAGGGAGAGGUUGAAGGAGCUGAAGGACAUGUUUGAGGCAAGAAAGGUGGAUGAACUGAAGUUGGUUUUCGAUGAUGAUAUCGAAAUGAACGAGCUUUGGUUCAAUGCGGAUAAUGAAGGCUGGCAUAAAGGAAAGAAGACAAGGAAUCAUAGUGAGGCUGAUGUCAUAAGGUUUCUUGUUGAUAGGUUAUGUGAUAGGGAGAUUACUGUGAAGGAUUGGAAGUUUUCAAGAUUAAUGAAGCUUUCAGGAUUACCAUUUACCGAGGGUCAGUUGAUGAGGAUUGUUGAGUUGCUUGGUGUCAAAGGUUGUUGGAAGCAAGCACUUUCUGCUGUCCAAUGGGUGUAUAAUUAUAAAGAUCAUAGGAAAUAUCAAAGCAGGUUUGUUUACACAAAACUUCUUUCUGUUCUUGGGAAGGCAAGAAGACCAAGGGAAGCUCUUCAGAUUUUUAAUUUGAUGCGUAGAAAUAUCCAUGCAUAUCCUGAUAUGGCUGCAUAUCACAGUGUUGCUGUUACACUUGGUCAAGCUGGUCUUCUUAAAGAAUUGCUGACUAUUGUUGAAUGCAUGAGGCAGAAACCCAAAAUAUUUAAAUUUAUGCGUCACAAGGACUGGGAUCCAACUCUUGAACCUGAUUUGGUUAUUUAUAAUGCUGUACUUAAUGCUUGUGUUCCAACGAAACAGUGGAAAGCUGUGUCCUGGGUUUUCAAGCAACUGAAGAGAAGUGGUCUGAAACCUAAUGGAGCAACUUAUGGACUUGCAAUGGAGGUAAUGCUGGAAUCAGGCAAUUAUGACCUUGUCCAUGAGCUGUUCGGAAAGAUGACGAGAAGUGGGGAAGUUCCAAAAGCUUUAACUUAUAAAGUAUUGGUCAGAUGUUUGUGGAAGGAAGGUAAAGUUGACGAAGCUAUUGAAACUGUCAGGGAAAUGGAAAGUAGAGGAGUUAUGGGAGCUGCCAGCGUCUAUUAUGAACUUGCGUGUUGCCUCUGCAAUUAUGGAAGGUGGCAAGAUGCUAUUGUAGAGGUCGAGAAGAUUAGAAGACUUUCUCAUGCUCGGCCAUUGGAAGUUACCUUCACCGGCAUGAUAAUGUCUUCUAUGGAUGGCGGGCAUCUUAACGAUUGCAUACAUAUUUUUGAACACAUGAAAGACGUUUGUACUCCUAACAUAGGGGCUGUAAAUACGAUGCUCAAAGUUUAUGGCCAGAAUGAUAUGUUUUUGAAAGCUAAAGAGUUAUUUGAGGAAGUUAGGGCCCUUAGAUUAGAUACCUUUACCCCUCAAGAAGUUGUUGGUGAUGGUAGCUCGAUUAUCCCGGACGUGUACACAUAUAGUGCUAUGUUGGAAGCAUCUGCCAGUGCUCAUCAGUGGGAAUACUUCGAGCAUGUCUAUAAAGAGAUGAUUCUUUUUCGUUGUAAAUUGGAUCAAAAUAAAUCUGCGACAGUAUUUGUAAAAGCAUCAAGAGCUGGCAAGUGUCAUUUACUCGAGCAUGAAUUCGACAUGAUUCUGGAAGCUGGUGAAAUUCCUCACCGUAUGUUCUUUUUUGAAUUGGUGAUUCAAGCUAUAUCUCAACACAAUUAUGAGCGAGCUGUUAUCUUAGUUAACACCAUGGCAUAUGCACCAUUCCGAGUGACUGAAAAGCAGUGGACAGACAUGUUUAAGGAAAAUAAAGAUCGGAUUAACCAUGAAAAUCUACAGCGGCUAUUGGAUUCUCUUGGUAACUGUGAUGUCGUGUCAGAAGCAACAGUCUCAAAUUUAUCAAGAUCGUUGCAUGUUCUCUGCGGAUUAGGUGCGUCGAGAACAAUCUCUAGAGUUAUCCCUGCUGGGAUUGAAAGUACUGGAAAUUUUCAGAAUGACGAAAUUGAUUCAGAUGAAAGAAAAGAUGAGCCAAAUAUUUCAGGGAGAAUGAUGAUGGAAAGUGCUGAGCUCGAAAAUGACUCCAGUGAAUCAGAGGCAUUUAUCUUCAACAAUUAUGAUCAAGAUGAUAUAGGAGAAAAUAAGGACUUUUUCAGGCCUCAAAAAUUUAAGAUGGAAGAUAGAAUAAAUUAUGGUGCUAAUAGGCUGGAAUUUACCGAUAAUCUCGCACCCGAAAAGUCUUCCGAGGAAGAUGGAAACUAUAAAGAUGAUGAUGAUGAUGAUGGUAGGGAGUACCUGGCAAGCCCUCCAGCAUACGAAAUAUUGGAAGCAUGGAAGAAAAUGAGGAAGGAAGAUAAGUACAUUUUACACACUGAACUUGGUUGUAGCUAGUGAGGAAAAGUUGGUAAUUUUUAUAGCAGAAGGGUCUGGGAGAUUUUGAAUUUGACCAGCUUUAUUUAAGCACCACUGUUGUAAUUGGAAGAAGGGAUGUAUAUUAAAGUAUAGUUUAAGGAAUAAACAUUAUUCAUCUUCUUUAAACAUCAUAGGCUAUCUCUAUAUCAGAAAUUUGUGCACAGAUGUUGUCAAGUUUACUUCAUUUUGUUUGUAGUUCAUACUUUAUUGCUGAAACUCAAUUUUUAUUUCAUAACUAUUGAUACCAAA